AUGGCUUCCAUCGCACCAUUAGCAACACCUCCCUUAACCCGCGCAUCAACCGUCGUUCUUCCUCUAUCGGAUAAAACCCCGUCAUUCAUCAUCGGCCAAGCGAAGAAGUCCUAUAAACAUCAGUACUCCAACAUCUACUUUGUGAGGCUAAGACUUCUAAGAGAGGUUGUGGAAAAACGAGCCAAGAAACUAUGGGAACAUCUUAAUGGUAUGGUUCACUUCUCCGAUAUGUUAACACUCGCCAAUGCCUCUUUGUCUAAAGGAAAUCCUGUCUUGAUUCCGCGGGUUCUUGAAGUGACCAAAUCGCACCUUUGUUAUGUUGUUGGGACGGUGUACAUGGACAUGCCGCUCAAGCCAAACGUUAUGGAGGAUAUUGCUCGGGAUAACUCGAUCCCUCCGCCUCCACCUCCUUUAACAUUCUACUCGCCAGACGACAACGUCAUGCUUGAGGACGAGUCGGGACGCAUUCGACUAGUGGGUGAUCGCCUGAAAGACGCCCGACUAGUCACUGGCGUAAUCAUCGGUGCACUAGGAAUGGAAACACCCAAUGGUGACUUUGAGGUGGUGGAUAUCUGCUGCGCGGAAAUGGCGCCCCGACCAUCCGCCUCGGAAGGGACGAAUUCUGCAGGAGAUGAGAUGGACGUUGACGAUCAGACGACGUCUCCUGCGAGUGACGAGUGGAUUGGCGUGGUUUCUGGGCUUGAUAUAGGUUCGCUUUCACCCUCCGAUGCUCAGAUACAGAUGUUGGUGGAAUAUCUGACGGGGGAGGUUGGUGGGGUCGAGCAGCAAAUCUCUUCAGCCCAAAUAUCACGGCUUAUCAUUGCAGGGGAUUCCCUUGCCACAAUCGCUCCCAGCGGGAGAGAAACUGUAUACGAAGACAAAAAAGCUCGCCGUUAUGGCAACGACGUCGCAUCAUUUUCUCGUCAUCCCAUACUGAACUUGUCAGCGCAUCUUCUGGACCUCGCCCUCGUCAUGCCCAUACAUAUAUUGCCUGGGGAGAGUGAUCCUUCAGGUGUAAUCAUGCCACAACAACCACUUCCUCGAGCAAUGUUUGGUGAAGCCUCCAAAUUGACGACAUUCUCUUGCGAAACAAAUCCUACCUACUUAAAGAUCGCGACCUCAGAAGAGUCACCAAAUUCGUCAUCUGCCGCGCCAAAUCGACCCAUUGUGGAACGGACUCUACUCAUAAAUUCAGGCCAACCUCUAAACGACAUAUUUAAAUACUUACCUAGCCCGCCUCAUACGCGCCUUUCAAUAUUGGAAUCGACGAUAAGAUGGAGACAUAUGGCACCGACAGCUCCUGACACCCUCUGGUGCCAUCCGUACUUCGCGGAAGACCCAUUUCUGAUAUCAGAAACACCUGACAUAUAUAUUGUAGGCGGUCAAAAGGCUUUUGGGACAAAACUCCUUCUAGAUAACAGCAAGGAGGCGGAAGAAAAAGGAAGUUCACGGCCACGAUGUCGAAUUGUGAUGAUACCCAGUUUCGCUCGAACAGGAACACUGGUCCUCGUCAACCUUCGAUCGUUGGAUGUCAGACGCGUCAAUUUCGCUGUACAAGGCAUGACCGGAGGAGGUGAAAAAACUUGGCAAGGUCCGCUUGUUAAAGUUCUUGUCGUCUUCCUCUUUUCAUUUUGA